AUGGCGGCUUCUCCGCCACUGCCUACUUCCAUCGAUGGUGGUCAAGUGCUAGAUGACAUGGAGGUCGUGGAGAUGAAGUACCUGUUUGGCAAGGUCCUGAUGCCAAGCGACGUGUCCUGGGACACCGAACAGCUCGUGAUCCCGGACGAGCACGUCGGGAAACUACUGGACAUGGUGGUGAUGAACCGGCCGGAAGGGGGCUUCUUCGUCGUCGUCGUCGAGGAUGGCGAGGUGACUGGGAAGCUGUGGCUUUUCAGGUACUGGAAACGCGACGACGUCCACUGCCUCACCAAGGGCUGGGGUUGCUACGCCAGGGAGAAGGGCCUCAGAGCCGGAGACACCGUCUCCUUCUUCCACAGCACCGCGUGCGGUCGCUUCUUCAUCUGCUGCAGGUGCACCUGCAUGAGUUUCUUGUCACUACCCACAACAUCGCAUCGCAUUCACGGCUCGUCUGUACUGCCGCAACCGCGGGCUGCCCAGGAGGCGCACCAUCCAUUCUCAGGACACGCCACAUUGUGUCUCGGCAACAAAGCUAGUGAUCACAGCGCGCCGGCAAGGCAUGCCACUGCCUCCUUAGGGUGUGCGGCGGCGCAGCCUCCGCAGGUGCCGCCGACGCCGACGCCGCGUCGUCGACGGCGCAGUAUGAUGGUUCACCCAGAACCACCGGAGCACACAACGGACGGCAUGCCUGUGAUUCUCGAGUCGAUGGCACUCGUAUCCACCCCGCCCGUGGCGAAACGCGUGCGCCUUUUUGGAGUCUACAUCGACGUUCCUCCACUGCGCCCAGGCGGCGAGGCAACACAAGAUUUCAACCCAUGA